UUCCGAUGACCGCCAUUGAAGGACUGGAAGAGGCCAUUGCCAAGGUUCGAUCAGUACUCGGUACUGAGUUAUCCGAGUUUUCCAUAACUAAAGCGCUUUCUCAUUGUUCUAACAAUCCCGAUUCCGCCAUCGAUUACAUCAUUAACAAGUCCGGAUUCAUGCCGCCUCCAUCCAGUAUUGUUAAACGAACUCUCACCAGCACUGGAGCGCGGAUUUCCGGUCCAAUCAAGCAGGAGAAUGAUCAAACUGCAUUUAAGCCGAUGAUUCGAGUGAAGGAAGAACCUGAUGUUGAUCAUGAUCAAGUAAAGUAUUCCGCAUCUCAAUGUAUUUCUUCUGAUAAGUUUCUUAACGCCACAGACAUGAAAGUGAUAGUUAAUGAAGAAUAUCCAAGGACACAGAUUAUUAAGCAAGAGCCAUUACAAGUUCUUCCUCUUAAUAAAAAUAAACCAACCUAUAUGAAAAGGUCUCUUGAGGAGGUUGGAGACAAUCUUAGGUCUUCAGGGAGUAGUAACAAGAAAGCAAGACCUGCAAACAACCAAUCGAGUACAUUUGUGAUUGAAGAUGGUGAUUUUCCUGAAGAGCCAAAUUGGUUAUUGGUUGGAAUGACAUCUGUUAUUGCACUUUCCACUACUAAAGGUAGGAAACUAGAGAACAAUGAAAUCGUUGAAUUCACCUUUCCUGAUGGAGAAAAGCUUAACUCACUGCGGGGAAGCUCCAAGGCUAUUGCUGCUGCGUCUAUGACAGUUCGUUUUUCCACUAAAAGAUCCGGCGAGAUUGGGAAGUUGAAGCCUGAAUGGGCUAGUUUCCUGAUUCCACUUGCGAAUUCUUCCAAGAUCAAGAUUCGUGGUAGAUGCAUAGAAGCUCCCUUAAAUCUGAGCUAUUAUCAAGACAUAAUGUUAUAUGUCAGCUUUUACAUCAAUCGAUCUAUUUUCACUAAAAUUGAUGUUCUUCUAAGUGGGCUUGAUUCUUCAUUAAACAUUAACAGUGCUAUUGCUCCCUUGCUGAGAUUAUUCAGAUGUCUACAAAUUCAACCAUCAUCAGAGGCUUUAUUCACAGCCGAUGACCUUGAUCCUAAUAGAUGUGCGAUAAAUAGAGAAGGCGAUUGGGCUGAUAUUAAGGCUGCAUUGCCAAUGGUGAAGGGUACAACCCAACAAUACCAAAUGCAAGACAAGGAAGAACAAGCUAUAUCUGAAUCAUCUUUGAACAAGAUUAUUGGUGCAGUUGAUGUUUAUAAUCUAAAGGAAAUGGAAGCUCCUGAGACACUUCUUUGCAAAUUAAAGCCGUUCCAGAAACAGGCCUUAUACUGGAUGACUCAGCUAGAGAAUGGUAUCGACGCUGAGAAGGGCGCUGCCACUCUUCAUCCAUUUUGGGCUGAAUACAAGCUAUGCAAUGAGAGUGCUAUUUAUGUGAAUGUUUUUACUGGAGAAGCAACUACUCGGUUUCCCAACGCCACUGAAGCAGCUAGAGGAGGAAUUUUGGCAGAUGCAAUGGGGCUUGGGAAAACAGUUAUGACAAUUGCUUUGAUACUUUCAAGACCAAUGCAAGUAAAUAGAAGCAAUGCAAGUGCUGGAUCGAAAGUGAAUGGUGGCACUCUAGUCAUCUGUCCUAUGGCAUUGCUUAGCCAGUGGAAGGAUGAGCUUGAAAUGCAUUCAGAAUCAGACACUAUAAGCAUUUUUGUUCACUAUGGUGGUUACAGAACCAAUGAUCCUUCUAUCAUAGCAGAGUAUGAUGUUGUCUUGACAACCUAUGGAGUUCUUAGUGCAUCUUUUAAAAGUGAAGGAGUAAACAGUAUUUUCCACAGAAUAGAAUGGCAACGAGUAGUACUUGAUGAAGCCCACACUAUUAAAUCCUCUAAAACGCAAAUCGCUCAGGCCACUUUCAAGUUGUCGUCUCAAUGUAGAUGGUGUCUAACCGGUACACCUCUUCAGAAUAGUUUGGAAGAUCUUUACAGCCUCUUAUGCUUCUUGCGCAUUGAGCCUUGGUGCAACUGGUUAUGGUGGAAGAAAAAGAUCCAAAACCCAUAUGAAAAUGGCGAUCCAAAAGGGCUGAAGAUACUGAGAGCCAUCUUGCGGCCACUCAUGCUGAGAAGGACCAAAGAUACUACAGAUAUCAACGGAAGGCCUAUUAUUGUUCUGCCUCCAACUGACAUCAAAGUCAUUGAGUGCCAACAAUCUCAAGCUGAGCGCGAUUUUUAUGAUGCCCUCUUCCAGCGAUCCAAAAUGAAAUUUGACCAAUUUUUGACUAAUGGGAAAGUUCUGCACAAUUACGCAAACAUUCUGGAGCUGCUUCUUCGACUGAGGCAAUGCUGUAACCACCCAUUCCUUCUCAUGAGCCUAGGCGAUUCACAAGAGUUUGCAGAUUUAAAGAAGCUAGCAAGGUGGUUUCUCGAAACUAGCCCUGAUCCAGCCAAUCAUAACCGUCAGGCGCCAAAUUUAGCAUACAUUGAUGAGGCUCUAGAGGAUAUGAAGCAGGGCAGAGGUAAUAACCAUCAGGCACCACCAAGCCGUGCGUUCAUUGAAGAGGUGGUUAAGGAUAUUAAGCACGGUGUGAACAUGGAAUGCCCGAUUUGUCUUGAAUAUGAGGAUGAUCCUGUUUUGACCCCCUGUGCUCAUAGGAUGUGUCGAGAAUGCUUACUGUCCAGCUGGCGGUUGCCAUCAGGUGGAGUUUGUCCUUUGUGCAGACAGAAUGUUAAGCAAAGUGAACUCAUUGUGUGCCCGUCUGAGAAGAUUGAUGUUGAUGUGUAUGAGAAUUGGAAAGAGUCAUCUAAGGUAAAUAAGUUAAUGGACUGCCUGGAAAUUAUAGGAAGAAAUGGUUGUGGUGAGAAGAGUAUUGUUUUCAGCCAAUGGACAUCUUUCUUAGAUCUUCUUGAGAUACCAUUGAAGAAAAGAGGAAUUGGGUUUCUGAGAUUUGAUGGGAAACUUGCACAAAAGCAAAGAGAAACUGUCUUGAAGGAGUUCAACCAAACUUCAAAUAAAAUGGUUCUAUUGAUGUCCCUAAAGGCAGGAGGUGUUGGUUUGAAUUUAACUGCAGCUUCCAAUGCCUUCCUCAUGGAUCCAUGGUGGAACCCUGCCGUGGAGGAGCAAGCAAUCAUGCGGAUUCAUCGCAUUGGCCAAAAGCGAACAGUUUCCGUUAGAAGAUUCAUAGUCAAGGACACGGUGGAGGAAAGGCUGCAGCAAGUCCAAGCUCGAAAGCAACGGUUGAUUGCCGGAGCCCUAACCGACGAUGAAGUUCGAUCUGCCAGGAUUGCAGAGCUUAAGAUGCUCUUCUCAUAACUUUUAUAUUUUAUGAUAGGAAGGAUGGAAUAUAUCAAAAGAAGAUUAGUCUGGUUUAGGUUAGGUUAGCUUAGGUUAGGCUAGCUUAGUUAGGUUAGCUUAGGUUAGGUUAGAAGGGUUUUAAUUAUUUUCUAUAUGGUAUAGGCAAGGUCCCAUUUCAGCUUUCUUUCAAGAUCUAAAGCUUUUAUUUUUGUUUAGCCAUGGCUACUUUUGUAAGUUUCUACCCAAUCCAGAUGUGAAGGUUUCUUUCUCUUUUGUAUGUUAUAGUUAUUUAUUUUGGA